GUCAAAAGAACAGAGGUGAUAAGUCAUGCGACGUACCACAAAGGAAGAAAGGUCAAGACAGUUGGCCAUAGUUGGAUAAGAAGCUGUGUUGUAGGUGGAAGAACAAGACUCUGCCUGAACAUAGUAUCCCACUCUACCUGUCGUUAUUCGUUAACAAAUCAUUCACUUUGGCUAUUAAACCAGCAAAUAUAAUAUUACUGAUCCUUCUAUUUUACUACUUACAAUUGGUAUCUUCAAGAUCCCACGUCUCCUUCCAGUCCUAAUUCAUAAUCCUCUCUCAUCACUCAUUGUUUCUGCCAGAGCCAGAGCGGAUGAAGCUUUUGCAUGGGAGAUUCAAGGCCUUUGUGAGCAACAGAUGGCUGGUGUUUGUCUGUGCAAUGUGGGUGCAGUCAUGUGCAGGGAUUGGCUACCUUUUUGGGAGUAUAUCACCUGUGAUCAAAAGCGCCAUGGGUUACAAUCAGAGGCAGGUGGCUAUGCUCGGUGUGGCAAAGGAUUUGGGUGAUAGUAUUGGUUUUGUAGCUGGGGCUUUGUGUGAGGUCUUACCCAUUUGGGCCCUUCUGCUGAUUGGGGUGUUUCAGAACUUUGUUGGGUAUGGUUUGGUUUGGCUAAUAGUCAUCGGAAAAUUGCCUUCUUUGCCGCUCUGGGUGCUCUGUGUUGCUGUAUUUGUGGGGACAAAUGGUGAAACCUACUUCAACACCGCAGCUUUGGUUUCUUGUGUGCAAAACUUCCCCAAAAGUCGGGGUCCUGUUGUUGGGAUACUGAAGGGAUUUGCUGGGUUGAGUGGUGCAAUUCUGACCCAGAUUUAUACUAUGAUCAAUUUCCCUAAUGAAGCAUCAUUGAUUUUCAUGGUAGCAGUUGGGCCAUCGAUGGUGGUUAUUGCUCUAAUGUUCAUUAUUAGACCUGUAGGAGGUCACAAACAAGUUAGGCCCUCUGAUGACUCAAGCUUCUUAUUUAUCUACGGCAUCUGCCUCACUCUGGCUGCUUAUUUACUGGGAGUCUUGAUACUUGAGGAUUUAGUGGAUGUGAACCAAACUUUGGUCACAUUAUUUGCUGUAGUUUUGAUAAUUCUUGUGUUACUUCCUAUUAUAAUUCCCAUUCUAUUGGUUUUCUUCUUUCAACAAAGAUCUCAAGUAGAAGAGAGUCUUCUUUCUGAACCAGAUAAACAAGGACGUAAAUCUGGGCAGGAGCUGGAUGGAAAUGAGGUCCUUCUAAGUGAGGUUGAAGAUGAGAAGCCUGCAGAAGUGGAGUCACUUCCAGCAUUAGAAAGACAUAAACGAAUAGCUCAUCUGCAAGCUAAACUGUUCCAAGCAGCUGCAGAAGGAGCAGUGAGAGUCAAGCGGAAAAGAGGUCCACGUAGAGGGGAGGAUUUCACUUUGAUGCAGGCAUUAAUCAAGGCAGAUUUUCUGCUUAUGUUUUUCUCUCUCAUACUGGCUUCUGGAUCUGGUUUGACAGUUAUUGACAAUUUGGGUCAGAUUUGUCAAUCUUUGGGGUAUAGCAAUACAAACAUUUUUGUAUCCAUGAUUAGCAUUUGGAACUUUCUUGGCCGUGUUGGUGGUGGCUACUUCUCUGAAGUUAUCAUUAGAAAUUUUGCCUACCCAAGACCAGUGGCCAUGGCUGUUGUUCAGAUUAUCAUGGCUAUUGGACUCUUCUAUUAUGCAAUGGGAUGGCCUGGAGAAAUUUAUGUUGUGAGCAUUUUGAUAGGGCUCGGCUAUGGUGCCCAUUGGGCAAUUGUGCCUGCUGCAGCAUCAGAACUAUUUGGACUAAAGAGUUUUGGGGCCUUGUACAAUUUUCUUACACUGUCUAGUACUGCCGGUUCUCUAAUAUUCUCUGGUGUUAUUGGUAGCGGUAUAUAUGACUAUUAUGCGGAGAAACAAGCAGGCAUCCAAAAGCUAAAUUCAGAAUCUAUGCGUACAAUGCAACUUCGUGAGGAAUCACUUACUUGUGUGGGUUCCAUAUGUUAUUCCCUCACUUGUGGGAUAAUGUCAGGUGUUUGUGUUAUUGCAAUGAUCUUGAGUUUGAUUGUGGUUCAUCGGACUCGGAGCGUAUACGCUCAGCUCUAUGGAAGGACUAAUGUUUGAGUUGCAAGGAGAAGCAACUAUAAAUUGCUUUCCAUUCACUAAUGGCUGAGGAUCUUGCGUACCAAGGAAGGAGAAACUUUUAUUACGACAUAAAGUAAAUACCAAACAAAUCAAGGACGGUCUUUUCAUUAAAUUAUCCUCAAAAACAAAUUGUAUUUCUUGCAUGAUUCGGAAGCUUCUGCUUCUCAGACCUGCAAGUUAUUUUGUUAGGCCAGGAUUGUACUUCUGUAUUUCAUUAUGUUAUAGUGAAUUCAUUAUAUCCUUGAUGAAAAAUAAAUUGAGAUGUUUUAUUGUCA